GGUCUAAUCUCGUGAGCAACUAUCAAAAAAGGCAGCUAAUUUACCUGCAGCGAGCACGUGCGCGGGAGCACGCGGAGAACACCGCGAGCCUCUGUUUCACCUCGACUGUGCGUCCCUCCUGCAGAUGCCCGUAUACGCAGCAGACACCAGCUACGGCAGCGUCCCGGGCACCGGGCUGCUGGGCGGCGGUGGCUCCAUGGAGACGUCCCCGCUGCUCGAACCGGACCCGGAGCCCGUUCAGCACUGGCGGCCCCUGAGCAAGCAGCAGCUGGAAGCCGCCGCCGGAGGCCCCGGUUGGAGGAAAGUGCGCCACUACCUCGUGCUGACAGUCUGGCUUGCAUGCAUCGUGAUGUUCUCCGUCGCCGUUGGGAUCAUCGUGUUGAGCCCGCGGCCUUCUGCGACAUGUCUGCGAUGGUGGCAGAAGUCGCUGUUCUACCAGCUGCAGGCCGACCUGUACAUGGAGACGCAGGCCCAGGGGCCACAGGGGGCCACGGAGGUGAGUGAGCAGCUGGCUCACCUCAGAUCUUUGGGCAUAGGAGCUCUCAUCCUGGAGGGUGUGUUUCACAAAGGGAUGUCUAUUUCCAACCUCACAGAUGCACCCACUCAGAUCCAGCUUCUGCUCAUGGAGAGUAACAAAGCAAAUCUUAAGGUGGUAAUGGAUCUUUGUGAAGCAGAUCUGUUGGAGCUUUAUGCAGCAGCAGGACACUCAGACAUGCCAUCAAACCAUUCAACCCCUGUACAGGAUGCAUUGCGUUUCUGGUUGGGGCAAGGAGUAGCAGGUUUUCUUAUAUGUGACACAGAUGUGGCAUAUUCAGAGGAGGCCUUGCUGGAGUGGAGAGGUGUGCUUCAGGAAUUCAGCACUCGGGGGGAGGAGAGGAUUGUGAUGGUAAAACAGACGUCGGACAUUCCUCGUCCACUAAACUCAAGCCAGAGCAACGUUACUCUGGUGAAUGUGGUCCUGCGCUCUAUUUUGCCAAACUCGCGCAGCCCUCCAUCCUUUCAGGAAGUGGCCGAAGCCAUAGAGAAACAUCUGCAGAUAAAAGAGGAAGACGCAUGGCCUAGCUGGACUGUUGGAGGUGAAGCAUCUCAUGAGUUAAAGAGGUUACUCUUUGUGUUGCUAAUAACCAUGCCGGGUUCACCAGCAAUCCAGCACGAUGAAGACUUUGAGCGAUUUCAGAGGGAGUUUAUGAGCAAAAACUCACCAAACAAAGACAUUAUUAGGUCAUACACAUACAAGAACAUGGACAAGACAAAGCGGGGAAACGUCGCUCUGUUUAACAUCCUCAGCCACUCCAAAGCCAUAGAAGAAGCUCUCAUGUAUGGGAGCUUCACUUUCCUUCCCUUCGACGCCUCCUCAAACUCUUCUUCUAACUCCACCGUGUCCCCUUCUUUGUCCCCUCCUCUCCUGGCCUUUUUGCGCUCUUGGGGCUGUGUGCACUUCCUUGUCCUGCUCAACGUUGGAGCAGAGCCUCACUUUCUGAACCCCGCAUGGGCUCCUAACCUGCCAGAGUCCGGGGUGUUUGUGGCCAGCUCUGGGUUGAACCGCUAUGGGACCACACCUCUGCACGCAGUGGAGGUGCAUCCUCAUGAAGCCAUUGUUCUAAAACUCUUUAAACCAGGGAGGUAUUCAUAAAUGUUUGCAGUUAAGUUUUGUUGAGUUCUUUUUUUUUUCUUGAAGUUGUGACUGAGUCUGUGGAAAUAAAAUACAGAUCAUGGAUGUAUAUAGCAUGAUCUUAUCUAA